UACUGUCCCAAAGGGUCCGCCUUGCCCCAACCAUGUCGCCGUGGUUCCUACAGCAACUCAACAGGAAACACCAAGAUGGAAGACUGCCUCCUGUGUGGUUCAGGGUAUUUCUGUGAUGGGAGAGGACUUUCAUCUCCUUCUGGUCUCUGCGCAGCUGGAUACUAUUGCAGUGGAGGAGCCCUUUCUCCAAGACCUGUGGUGACAACCAGUAGAGGGGGCCUGUGCCCACCUGGCCAUUUCUGUGAGGCAGGGAGCACCAGACCACAGCCUUGCCCAGUGGGGACUUACAACCCAUCCUGGGGCAUGGCCCAGUGUCUAGAAUGCCCAGAAGGUGUUUUCUGUGAUGCUGGCUCUGCUAAUUAUACCAACUGUCCAGCAGGACAUUACUGUCCACAGAAUACAAAAUUUGCUACUCAGUUCCCUUGUCCACGGGGGACCUACAGCAACAUUCUGAACAUCAAGACUGUCUCUGAAUGCCAGCCAUGUCCCCCAGGAAAGUUUUGCUCCAAGUCAGGCUUGACGAACCCAGAUGGCACAUGCAUGCCUGGAUGGUACUGCCCACCUCGGUCAACAUCAGGGAAGCCAAUAUUCCCCGGAAGCCAUGCUGACACUGUCCCUUCCAUUUCAUCUGCGGGAUCUGCUACUGAAACUUCUGGCUUCUUUCGAAUGUGUCAGGCUGGGACAUAUUGUCCAGAAGGGUCUUCUGUCCCUCUGCCUUGCAGUCCUGGUUAUUACUGUGCCUCUUCGGAACUGGCUGCUCCUUCCGGACCUUGUGAUGCAGGCUUCUUCUGCACUGGGGGCUCCACACUCCCCAACCCAACAGAUGGAGCCGUGGGAGACAUUUGCCCUCGAGGCCAUGUCUGUCCCCAGGGAAGUUCUUCUCCAUUUCCAUGCCCUGCAGCAGGGGAGAGUAACUGGCCCUAUCCACCCACAGCACAGGACCUCCAGUGACUGUUGCUGGUGUCUAUCGUUUCUUUUUUGGACGUACGUGGCAAG